AGGCUGCUCCCCCUUUGCUCUCUCACACACGGACACACAGUUACAGGACACACAGACCACUGUCUCUAGCACUCCUAAGGUUUACAUAUUACCUUGUCUGUUUUGCUAGCUCUACCACAGAGUCAUUGGGGACAGAUUACCUUGGACAAAGCACCAGGGACCCGGAGCCUUAGACCUCUCCUCUAGUCUCCUUAGUAGGACCAGGCUGAAAAUGGGCAAGGCCCUCUGUAUCGUGGCUCCCCUGAAAGGAUUAUUUGGUCCUGCCGAAGGAGAACAAGACUGUGGCCACUGCUAUCAGAUAGAUAUGGGGGCAGUGGUGGGAAUCAUUGCCUGUGACAUCAUCCUGACCCUCCUCAUCGCUCUCGCCGUGUUCUGUUUUGCUACCAUUCGGAAGAAGAGGAGUCAACAGGAAUCCAGACCGGAGGGUGAGGAGGGAAAAGGGAAAACAAUCACAGCAUCAAAAAGGAAGACAGUAGAAAUCACAGAGUCUCCCUACCAGGAGCUGCAUGGAUUUCAGUCAGACGUGUACAGUGAUCUCCAACAGUUUCAGAAAUGAGACUACUUUUUUGGACAGACUGCAUGUAUCUUGCUGCCUGGUGCUUAAAUCUGACAAGGACUGAACUUCGCACAUCUGGGAUUUAUAUUUAUACUCAUCUCCUUACUGUUAUCUUUCAACUUUUGUGUGUCUGUCUAAUUGUAAAAUUAAUAGAAUAGCAUUUGACACAUUCAAGAGAUAUUGUAUAUAUUUGACAUAAAUAGACAUGUUAAUGUUUGUUUAAUAGGCUACCUUUUAUAGUGUUGUUUUCUAUGAUUUACAUGCAAUUGUUGUUUCAUUAUAUAUCUGUUUUAUUUGACUUAAUUAAGUCAUUUUUGUAUAUUAAUGGGGUUAUUUUAUUCUAUGUUUCAUAAGUACAUCAUUUGUAUAUCGCCAGAAACAGUUCAUGGAAGCCCCAUUAAUAUUGCCCUCAGGAUGUUGGUGGCACCUUAAUUGGGGAGGACUGGAAUGGUAUCAAACACCAUUUUCUAUGUGUUUGAUGACAUUCCAUUCGCUCCUUUCCAGCCAUCAUUAUGAGCCGUCCUCCCCUCAGCAGCCUCCACUUAUAUUGUCUAUUAUUAAUAUUAGUCCCAUGAUCUGAAAAACUAUUAGUCAACUGGGAUGAAAAACUUCCCAGAGAUAUUUUAAAUUUAGUUUCUGUCUGCUCCCUGUUAGUCAUAAACUGGAGUCCCUUACUCACUAUCAACACCAGGGUUGUGGUUAAUUCAUAAUAAUGUGGGGGAGGGGGAGUCUCUACAUCCUCUUUGAAAAUCAUAAGAAAUGAAUAUUAAUAUUAAUAAUUGCCUAUGCUUGGAAUGUGUUAGACUGGCUGAUCUGUGGACUUAGGUGUUAGGUGUCAACCAUAAUAGGAUGUAUUUCUCAAAAAAUGUAAAAUAUUUGUUUUUUUAAGAUUUAGGAGCUCAGUGCUGUUUAUUGUAUUGGUUAGGUGGUUACAUAUCAAAUACAUUGUUCAAUGUUUUUAUUCACAACUAAAUGAUGUCUACAUACCUAAAAUAAACAUUAACAAAACAU